CUCGCCGCCCUGCGCGCUCCACGCCGCGCCUCGCACCCCGCGUCCGCUGCCCGGCCCGGCCGGCGCUGCCCACCUGAGGGAGCCCGCGCCCCGCGCCCGCCCGACCCUCCGCCCGCCCCGCGAGCUGGGCACCUGUGCCAGGAGCCCUGUUGAAUCCACCGAGAAGGGACGUUCAGAGCAAACACCAUGAGUAUCUCAGCUCUCGGAGGAGGCAGCAAAGGGAAGCCUCUCCCACCAGGCGAGGAGGAACGCAAUAAUGUCCUCAAGCAGAUGAAGGUUCGGACCACGCUGAAGGGGGACAAGAGCUGGAUCACCAAGCAGGAUGAAUCGGAGAGCCACACCCUCGAGCUGCCCUCGGGCCGGAGUCGUGCCAUAUCUUUUUCUUCAGCUGGGGAGGUCCCGAAGGCCAGGCCCCCGAGCACGAGGGCUCCCACCGGCUACAUCAUCCGGGGAGUGUUCACCAAGCCUGUAGACAGCUCGUCUCAGCCCCAGCCGCACUUACCCAAGGCCAACGGAGCUCCAAAACGCACUGCCGGGCCUCCCCGCCCCUCCUCCUCUGGCUACAGGAUGACCACAGAGGAUUACAAGAAGCUGGCACCCUACAACGUCAGGCGCAGCUCAGCGUCAGGGGUUGCUGAAGACGAGGAGGUGCCCUUCUCUUCUGAUGAGCAGAAACGGAGGUCAGAGGCUGCCAGCAGUGUGGUGAGGAAGACAGCUCCCCGGGAGCAUUCCUACGUCCUGUCGGCGGCCAAGAAGAGUGCCAGCAGCCUCGCCCAGGAGACACAGGCCCCGUUCAUCGCAAAGAGGAUUGAGGUGGUGGAUGAGGACCCACCUGCUCUGGCGCGAUCCCCUCCCGGCUCGAGCAGCGCAAGAGGUGAGGAGACUGUCCGCCUGCAGAUCACAACACCCGGGGCGGGACUCCGCCUGGUGGCCCCAGACCUGGAAGAAAUGAGGUCUUCCCCAGGCUCCAAGGACAACGAAGCCCCCAACCCCAGAGAGCCCAAGAGAGACUUGACUGGUGAAAGGGCCUUCAAGGGCCUUGGUGCAGACUCUGAAAGCAGAUCAAGUGAUGGCAACGUGGGAUCCGGAGCCACGGGCUCCACACCUGAAGGCUUGGCUGGAGCAGACAUCAGCUCUGGGAGAGGAGGGCUGUGCUCACCUGCUGUCUUUACCCCUCUGCUGGAUGAUCAGGAGGUGCCCAGUGCCAACUCGCAGCCUCAUAAGCCUGGACCGGCAGCCACCAGCUCUGGUGCCACUCCUGCCUCUGCUGUCCUGGCUGGCAGGAAGAGCAACAGCCCGGCACACCUGGAGGACAUGGAGACGGACCCAAAGGGUACCUCGGCUGAUUUUGAGGAGGAGAAUGUGGUCACCCAGGUGGGAGACGCCUGGCAGGGGAGGCCUGGAGCCCAGCAAGAUGACCGGGGAGACCCAGCUGCACCCACCCAUAAGCCAGCAGACCCCAGCAGCCCCGAGCAGCAGAGCAGCCCCAGGAAUCCUGACCAGCACCUGGAAGUGGACAACCAGGCCAGCAGGGCGAGGAACCCCUCAAGCUGUAUGGUCACUGUUACUGUCACUGCCACCUCUGAGCAGCCUCAGGUUUACGUGCCAGGCUCCCCAAGUGAAUUGGAGUCUAACUCAACCAGCAAAGGGAUUCUCUUUAUGAAGGAGUACGUGAAUGCUGGUGAGGUAUCUUCCGGGAAGCCACUGUCCUCAUUCUACAGCAGCGUCAGCAGCAUUGAGGACUCACACAACAUGGAGAAGAAACUCCCACAUGACAGUACUCCAUACUCUGAGAGAACAAGUGGAGGGGUCUGUACUUACUGCAACCAGGAGAUCGGAGACUGUCCAAAGAUUACCUUGGAACAUCUCGGCCUUUGCUGCCAUGACUAUUGCUUUAAGUGUGGGAUUUGCAGUAAACCGAUGGGUGAGCUUCUGGAUCAGAUCUUCAUUCACCGCGACACCAUCCACUGUGGGAAAUGCUAUGAGAAGCUCUUCUAGCUCCUCCAGGCUAAGAAGAAGCUGAUAACUCCUGGACAAGUUUGACUGUCCCCACGAGCCCCAAGUUGCUGACUCUUCUUUCCUCACUUCCUCUCUCCUCCAUGUGAUUGCUUCACGUUUUUGCUCUUCUUAAGUUGAACUUGCUUACAUCCAGUAGCAUAUCUUAAUGAUGUUAUGAUAAUUACUUGUGUGUGUGGCUUUUUAGAGCUUAGAAAGCACUUCCCAUCCAUUAUGUUACUUCCGGCUCAAGCAAAGCGGAUUGAACAGUAAUUCCAUUUUGGCUUCCCUCAGACUGGUCGGCUUCCUGAUGAGUUUAGGUGGCCUGGUACGAUAGUCACGGACAAGAGCGUGGGGUGCGGUGUAUCCUGACUCUUGGGACAGAGAGCAAAUCACAUUCUGGUUCACAGCUCUGAGUGUACCUUUGGAACUUGACAGAAGAAGCAGACCUCCUGAAGCUUCUGAGGGGUUAAAGACUGUUGACGAUCCCUGGUGGGUAAAUUGCAGACGCUGAAUGCUAGGGAUUGACAUAGGCUAAAGUUCAGCUUGUCUAUUUGCCGUAUAUAUUUUUUAAACUUUCCGUAUACUUUUACAACUAGUUAGUUGCUUUUGAUUGAGUUAUAUAGCAGAUUUUAAUGACCUCCUACCUACCUACCUUUCAGUGUAGUUGCGUUUUGUCCUGCAGGCAUGUGGACACGUAUUAGAAAGUUUAUGCGUUAGGUUUAAAUUCUAUAGGAUGUGAUUCUUAAGAGGCUACUGACCAAAGGGGCAUCUGUGUCUGAACCUUGCUGGCUGAUUAAUACCUUUGCCCUCAAUGUCCGGUCCCUAAACUUUACACAGAAAUCCCCUAAAGCAAGUUGUAGGGUCUAUAGACUCCAGCAGGAUUAUGAAGGGAGAAAAUCAGCUAACAUCUCUUGAGGCCUUACUGCGUACCAGGCAUCAUCACAAGGUGGUGGCGUUAAUCCCCAUGCUAAUCGUGUACAGAGGGUGUUCCUCUCCGCAGUUUGCAAGUGAGGACGUUGAGGCUCAGGGAGGCGGUCAUUGCGUUGUGCACGGCGCACCCAUGUAACGCUCUCUAGCACCCAUGCCCUCUCCAGUAACAGUAAUGCUGAGUAUAUGUGAAGCACUGUGUGGAGGUGACACCCUGACGCACACUUCUACAAAGAGGGGAAGGUGGGGAAUUGCACCCCUCCUCUGGGCAUCCUGGGUCCCCAUCAAAUACCAGAAGGGCCAAACUGGCCCUCUCACCUCCCUUUUCCAUGAAAACACUUCUGAACUGAAAUACUCUCAGCUGGGAACAGAUUUGACUCACAGACCUUCCCAAAGACGAGCUUGUCAACCCAGGGGAAGCUCCAGUAGGCUAGCGGAUCUGGGCACAGGGCCCUCAGUGACCUCCCAUUUUCCAGUCCAGACUCUGUCCCAUGCUAGUGGCAACUACUGAGACCCCAGGUACUUGGAACAGGGAUACCUGUCGGCCAGCUGGACAGAUGCAGGCCCAUUCAUGCAGUCAGCUGAUGCUCUGCUCAGGUUCGACUGGGCCCCUCUGCCUUUGGGACCAGCAUCGCUGUGUAAGUUCCUCGAAAGGACAACCUGACAGUUUUUAUGAUGACAAAUGAGGGCGUUUUCUCUUGGUUUAAUUAGAAAGUGCCUCUCCAUCUCUCUCCAGUUUCUGAGCCCUGUGCACGUUGGCUGGUGGACUUCUUCUUCCUGCCAAAUGAGCAGAGAGGAAUGUUCCAUUUAUUUCCAUAGAUGUGCGUCAGAUUUGCUGUGGAGUGGAAAACUGGCCAUGUACUCGCACAAAACAUGAGCUGGUUUUCCUCAGGACGGUAGGGACUGACACGUAGGUGCUGAAUGAAUGAGUGAAAGGGAAAGAAAGGUCGUGCCUUUGGGUGGGAGGCAGCACCCCUGAGUCUUGGCAGGAUCAAGAGGUGCAAGAUAGGCUGGCUUCCCUGCCUUCUAGAUACACUCUGCCUUUAAGAGAGUUUUAGAACCAACAUGCAAGAUAUUGACUCCAAUCUGAAAAAGUCUCUUUCAUGUUUAAAUGGCACAGAAUUCUUUCGCUUCUUUUUAUUUGCCUAGAAUUUUUAAUCAUACUUGCUUAACUCAUUAAUGUACACAAUUAUAAUAAAUGGUAAGAUAUUUCAUGUGUAAA